AUGGCCUCGGCGGCCACGCCGCCCUCGGCGCCGGCCACGCCGUCCGCGGGCGUGGCGGACCUGCUGGGCCCGCCGCUGGACGUGCUGCCCCGCAGCAUCGAGCCGCAGGACCUGCACGACUACCGCGUGGACUACCAGGCCUUCCGCUCUGGGCAGGCGCAGGGCGCCCGCGGGGAGCUCGCCGACCUGCGCACCAGGCCGCCGCACUCCGCGGCGCCGCCCCCGCGCUCGCACGAGGACCACCGCCGCGGCCAGGAGCGCCAGGGCCCCGGCGCCCAGGCGCGCGACCGGACCACGUCGAGCGUGGAGUGCUACUACAGCCGAACCCGAGCGGCCCAGCACGCCCGACGCCGGCGGCGCCGCGGACCCUGGGCUGGCGCGCACCGCCUCGCAGGCCUCGCAGGAGAGCUGCCCCGCAGCUCCUCGCAGGCAUCGCGGGCCGCCCCCCCGGCGGCCGCCGCGGCGGCUUCGCGGCCUGGCUGGCGUGGGAGGUGCGGAGCGGGCUGCGACCCGACAGUCAGGCGCUGGCGGAGAGGUCGGUGCCGCCCAGCCACUUGCUGGAGGUGGCGCAGGUGCCGCGCCGCCUCGAGAAGCUGCUGGGUUUCGGCUUCCUCUUCUGACAUCCUGCUGCACGAGCUGAGCUUCACGCCUCUGUCGGCGCUCCGGGCAUGCCUGCGCUUCCUGGCCCGCAAGCGCCUGCGCACCACGGAGCUCGAAGAAGAGCAAGAGCAGUGCGACCUGCUGCGGGUGUCGCUGCUCCUGCUGAACGUGGCGCUCGUCCAUGUGCUCUUCGACACUUCCUGGGUGUACCAUUUCAUCCGGGGCCAGUCGUUCCUGAAGCUCUACGUCUCAUUUAACAUGCUUGAGAUGUUCGAGCGUUGGUGCCGUUCGGUCGGGGUGGACCUCAUCAACCUGCUCAUGACGUCCAUGCGGGACCCGUGGUUCCGGCUCCUGAGGACGUUUGCCCUGACGCUGUUCUGCUGCCUGGUGCACACGACGAUGCAUCUGCUGCGCGUGCUGCUCUAUCACGUGGCCAUUAACACCUCGUCCAGCGCUGUACUGCUGAUCAUCGUGACGAACAGCGCCGGCGAGGUGAAGUCGACGGUUUUCAAGCGCUACAAGAGCGACAACUUGUUUCCGAUCAUCACCAGCGACAUCGUGGAGCGCUUCUACCUCGUGCUGGACAUCGUGUGCCUCCUGGUGCGCCUGGCGGUCUCUCCCCACGCGCAGAUGCAGGGGGUCACCUUCUGGAUAUCACUGGAUCGCCCUGCUCGUGCUCCUGGAACUGGGCACCGACUGGCUGAAGUUCUGCCUCAUCAUGAAGUUCAGCGAGCUUCCCGCCUCCACGCUGGAUCAGUACAGGGAGGUGCUGGUCGCCGACGUGCUGCUGUGCCGCUCCGCCCGGCUGCCGAACGCGCCCCGCCCCGUCGGCCUCGGCGCGGGCAGUGUCCCGAGCUCCCUGGCGAUGUGCGGCGUCCACUCCUUCAGCCACGCGCCAGCGCGGCGCAUCGGCUUCAGCGGCGUCGCCCGGCCCUCACGUCGAUGAUCGUGCUGCACCUGGCCACGCUCCUGCGCUCGCCCUGCGCGCUGAGGCUGCGAUGGCCCGCGGUGGCCGGGCUGGCGGGGUGCGUGCUGCUGCUGGCGUUCCUGGCCAAGGUCCUGCUGGGCCUGUGCCUCCUCGGCUUCGCCGCGCGCAGGCGCCAGACCAUCAGGCGGGGCCUGGAGCUCUUCGGGCGGGUCAAGGCCCUGUGA